AUGGCUUUCCAAAGAUAUCUCACAUUCAUUAUGAUCAUUAUUUGUUUUGUUACUUGUUAUAGUACAACCUUGCAUGAGGACCCACUUAGUUCAAUUGUUGAUGAUUCUCCUUAUAUUAAUGAUGGUGGAACAUUCAAGGGAAUUAUCAAGCAAAGUACAAAUCAUGUUUUGAGCUUAUUGAGCAAGUUGGGUGACACUAAUUCACCUUCACUUAAAACAUUUGAUGUUGAUGAUUAUGGAGCUCAAGGAGAUGGAAAAACUGAUGAUACACAGGCAUUGAAGAAGGUUUGGGAAGUAGCAUGUUCAACCAAGGGAUCAAUUGUUGUGGUAGCUGCUAAAAGGAAUUAUCUUGUUAAGCCAAUCACAUUCUCUGGCCCUUGCAAAUCCAACACUAUAACAUUUCAGAUCUCUGGAACCCUUCAAGCAUCAGAUAAUCCAUCUGAUUACAAUCAAGAUCCUACACACUGGCUUAUGUUUGAUAGUAUUCAAAAACUAACUCUUAAUGGUGGUGGAACCAUUGAUGGAAAUGGAAAUAUUUGGUGGCAAAAUUCAUGCAAAAAGAACGAAAAGCUUCCUUGCAAGGCAGCCCCUACGGCGCUGACUUUGUACAAGUGCAACAACUUGAUAGUCGAGGAUUUGACUAUAAAAAAUGGGCAACAAAUUCAUGUUCAAUUUCAAAAUUCUGCAAAUGUUAGAGUUUCUGGCCUCAAUGUGACAUCGCCGGGGGAUAGUCCAAACACAGAUGGAAUUCAUGUCACCAAUACAGAGAAUAUCCAAAUCUCAAACUCUAUUAUUGGAACAGGGGAUGAUUGUAUAUCAAUUGUAGAUGGAUCCAAAAAUCUACAAGCUACAGACAUAACCUGUGGACCAGGCCAUGGUAUCAGCAUUGGAAGCUUAGGGGAAGAGGGUGCCAAGGAAUUUGUUUCAGGAAUAACAGUGAAUGGAGCUAAAUUUUAUGGAACUACUAAUGGAGUAAGAAUCAAGACAUGGCAGGGAGGGUCAGGAAGUGCAAGUAACAUCAAAUUUCAGAAUAUUCAAAUGAACAAUGUGACCAAUCCCAUAAUUAUAGAUCAGAACUACUGUGAUCAAGAGAGUCCAUGCCAACUACAGAAAUCCUCGGUUCAGAUAAGGAAUGUGUUGUACCAGAACAUAAAAGGCACAAGUGCUUCUGAUGUGGCUGUGCAAUUUAAUUGCAGCCAGAACUUUCCAUGUCAGGGUAUAGUAUUGCAAAACAUUGAUCUGGAACUUGAAGGUGGAGGAGAAGCUAAGGCUUCAUGCAACAAUGUUAAGUUGUCUUACAGAGGAAAUGUUAGCCCUCGCUGCAAUUACAUUGAGGAAAUGAAUGAACUUGGUACAACAAAAGAAUGGCUACAGUGCUUACCCAGUGGAACCAUCCAGACGUGGAAGGAGGUAGAAGACAAGUUUUUGGAACGAUUCUUCACUCACAACCAGUUCCAGAAGAGAAAGGUAGAUAUCGUGAACUUCAAGCAGCAUGACAACGAAACACUAGGAGAGGCCUAUGAGCGCUUCAACCUACUGAAAAGAAAGUGUCAUAACCAUAGUCUCGAUCUUAUGGAGUUGAUGCAAAUCUUCACCGGAGGAAUGCGCAUACAACACAGGAUGCACCUUGACGCCUCAGCUGGAGGAUCGAUCAAUGAAAAUACCACAGAAGAAGUUAAGGAGCUCAUUGAACAAAUAUGCCAGAACAAAUACAACAUGAGCAACGAGCGAACUUCUAAACCUGCUGGAAUGCUGCAACUGGACAAAGAAACUGCCUAUCAGAAGGAGAUAGACUUACUAAAAAGGAAGCUGGAAAAGGCCACCCUAGGUGCCGAGGUGAAAAAUUUCCAAGAAACCUGUGACUUUUGUCACGAGAACCAUCCUAACGGUUAA